AUGGAGGGGCUGCUAACGAAAAGAUCUGGGGCUUCCCUUGAGGUGUCUAGACACCCCGACAUAGGCCUGCAGCAGCAGCAGCAGCAGCAGCAGCAGCAACCGCAGCAACCGCAGCAACAGCAGCAGCAAGAGCAGCAAGAGCAGCAGCAACACGAACGGGAACAACAACACAUGCAGCAGCAACAACAUCAGCAGCAGCAACAGCAGCUGCAGGAGCUUCAGCAACAUCCACAUCAGCAGGAUGAGACUCAGCAGCAGCAGCAGCAGCAAACUGCUGUUGGGGGCAGUGGUUUGGCUCUUGCAGUUAUAACUGUUCUUUUUAGUUGGGUUGUUAUACUUCGAGUACCAUUACUUUAUUCUGUUUAUCCUUUUAAAGAGCGUAUUGAUUCUUCUCACCUCGCUGGGCUGACUUUAUUUGCUAUUCAAAUUAUUACACCCCCUUAUACUUCUCAAAGAAAAAAAGCACGAAAGCAAAUCAAGGAUAUUAUCAUGCUUCUUGCGGACGUCUUCAAGGCGCUUCUUGAUGCAUUAGAGGCUCUCUCACAUACUCUACAGUGCAGCAGCCGAGGAAGUAUUUGUUUGUUUGCUUCUUCUAAGAAGGAAUUAGCAGCAGCAGCAGAUAAGCUUGCUGCAGCAGCAGGGCCUUUGCUGGAGGUAUUGGGGUGUCAAUACACCUUAAGAGGGAGGAUCGUAGAGAGCGGACGAGAGCCGUAUCUAUUAUCUUUAUCUUCUUUAGGCAUCAAUCCUAUGCCUGAAUUAGCAAAACUUUAUACAGCUUUGUUGCAGAUGUUAAUGCAUCUCGUUGGAGCUACGAAGCAGACAUGUUUAACUGUACAUGCGCUUAAUGCUGCAGCAGCAAGAAGAGCAGCAGCAUUACUACCAACUAUAUCGGAAGUUCAAGUGUCUAUACACCUUGCAUUAAAGAUAUGCUUUGUUGCUGCUGCUGCUCUCCCUGUAAGCCCUUUCUAUCUCUUCUUCUUUGCUUCUUCUCGUGAUAAAGCAAAAGAAGCAGCAAGACAAUUGCAGGAGUUAAGAGAAGCUCUCGAGGGGGCUUCAAUAAAUAAGAAUAAUGCUUCUUCAGGAACAGCUUAUCUGCAGCAGCAAUCAAGAAGCUUGCAGCUAGCAGCAAAUCUCCAAUCUCUGCUGCACACAACUGGCGCUCUCAAACCUCUCAGCAGCAGCAGCAACAGCAGCAGCAAACAGAAACGGAAAAACGCAAACAACGACCAGCAGCAAACAGCAGCAGCAGCAGCAGCAAAAACUGCAGCAGCAGCAGCAGAAGAAGAAGAAGAAGCACAAGCUAAUAUCAGCAGCAGAUAUUCACAACGCAAGCAUACACCGCCGGAGGCCUUAGGUGCAGCUGCAGCAACAGCAGCAACCGCAACAACAGCAGCAGAAGCAGCAGCAGCAGAAGAAGAAGAAUCAUCAGCAGCACCAGCGGGAAUCAUGCAGCAGCAGCAGCAGCAGCAGCAGCGGCAGCAGCGCUUGUCUCCUUUCCGGCGGCUGAAGCUGCUGCCAGCAAUGUGGAAGGCCCGCAGCAAAAGAACGGUGAAGGCGAGUAAUAGAAGAGACAAAAGCAGCAGAAGCAGGAGAGCUUUAAGAGAAGCAAGAGACAGCAGCAGCUGCAGCAGCAGCAGCAGCAGCAGGAGCAGGGGGAGCAGCCGCUCUAUUAACAUCAAUUCUCCUGGUGUUGCUCUCUUAGGCUUAGGAGGAGGGAGGCCCUUGCUGCAGCUGCCAAGUAUAGACAUACAGUCUUCUCACGGGCCUUCCCUCAUAGAUCAUGAUGCUGCUGCUGCUGCUGCUGCUGCUUCAGGGGAUAUGCUUGAGGACCCAAGUCUCUUCUCAGCAGCAGAAGCAGCAGAUGCAGCAAGCUGGGCGGAAGAAACAGACAUCCAUGCAGUGCAGCAGCAGCAAAUUGACAGCAGCAGACCCCAACUCUUUCUGCCCGUCGCUUCCAGUAGAAGCAGCGGUGCAGCAGAAAGACAGCAGCAGCAGCAGCAGCAGCAGCAGCAAGGGUGGCAAGGACGUCACAGCUCAGCAGCAGCAGCAGCAGCAGACCAGAGGCCUUUGUUUCUCCCCGUUGGGAGCAUCCGAGGCGGAUCCUAUGCUGCAUCUCCAGCAGCAGCAGCAGCAGGAGUUGAUGGUUCAGUGUGCGGCAGCAGCUUGUCUAUAGGAGAAGAGACAACAGCAGAACAGCCUCUAUGGGAGAAGCAGCAGCAGAGGUGCGAUGCAGGAAGAGCAGCAUCUGCUGCUGCUGCUGCAGCAGCAGCAGCACAAGGAAUAGCAGCAGCAGAUACUGCUGUUUCUGCUAGCCCCUCAACGGAAGUGGGGCUGCUGCUGGCGCUGCUGGAUCAGGGAAGCGUCUGUGCCCCCGAGGGAGACGGCUUUAGAAACGAUCCCGAUCCCGAUCCCGAUCCCAGUGUGGGGAACGGUGGAGGUGGGGUGGGCGGUGGUGCAUCUGCUGCCGCUGCUGCUGCUGCCGCUGCUGCUGCUGCUGCUGCUGCUGCUGUAGGGAGGCUACCUGUGUUGCUGCGGGCGUUAAGAUUAAGAAGAGCAGCAAAAGAAGAAGACGCAGCUGAAAAAAAACGAAGACAGCAAGAGAAAAGAAAAAUAAAGAAGGCUAUGGCGGAUGUCGUGCGGAUCCCGAAGACGAUCCCAGACCCCACACAUGCUCGUUCGCAGCAGCAGCAGCAGCGGCAGCAGCAGCAGCGGCGGCAGCGGCGUGCUACUGAUCGCAGCGACAAGAAUUGGUAUACUUUGAAAUCAUAUGAGAAGCAGCAGCAAGAAGGAGAAGAGACAGCAGCACUGCAGCAGCAAUUAAAACUAACUAUGCUUGUUGUUUCGCUAAUCCAGAUAACUUGUAAAGACGUAGCAGCUUUCUCUGCUGCUGUUGAAGACUUCCUAUUUGCUAAUAUGUCUCCCUCUUGGAGCCGGAUUAGGGAAUAG